CUCCUCAACACAUUUUCUUUCGGUCUAAUUCCUUCUGUCUUCACACACACACACACACACAUACGCGCACGCACUCACCCACUCUCCCUCUCCUUUUCUCUCUCCUUCACUGUCCCCUCCCUCAGUUCUUCCUCUCCAUCCUCUGCUGUUUCGCUGUCUUAUUCUCUGUUUCUCUUUUUCCCUUUCUUUCCACAGUGUGAACCUCCCUCCCCCCCGUUUUUUUUAAUCCCCGCCACCUCUGCUUUCCAUCUCCAUCCUACCCUUCCUCCAUCUCUUUUCAUAUUCACCCCAUCUUUUCUUUUUCUUUCUCUUUUCCACCGCUUCUCUCUCGCCUCGGAAAAAAGAAAGCGGAUAUACCCUCACCUUCCCUCUUCUCCUCUCUUUCUCUCUCUCUCUCAUACUAAAAUUCCGAGACCACCCUCUCUCCUCUCCUCUCCUCUCUCUUUCUUUGCUCACUCUCUCGCUAUUUCCCUGUGGCCCUCCCCCUCCCUUUUCAUGUUUCCCCCUCCCUCCAUCCUCUCUUUCCCUCGCUGGUUCAGUUAGUCAAAGAACAGAUUCACGGAAGGAGAGAAAAGGGGGGAAAGGCAGGACGAGAGUGAGAGCGCAGGAGUGGGGCAGGCUGGGGAGAGGGGUGUGGGGUCUCAGCCCUCUGUCGUGGGGGGUUGGGGGGGUUGAGAUACACCCCAAUAUUUUGUUCUAAGUACCAUGGACUGCCUCUGCAUUGUGACUACAAAGAAGUACAGGUACCAGGAUGAGGAGACGCCCCCCUUGGAGCACAGUCCAGCACAUCUGGCUCCAGGGAAAAGUGCCGAGAUGCUUCAUAUGAGUGACAAGAACCUUGCCGCCAUGGAGGCCAUACAUGGCUACACACCACACACACAUAUCUCUCCUGUCAAGCCUGUGUUGAUGUCUACGGGACACACUCCAAUGUACACCUCCGCUGUUUCCACACUGGGAAAUACUCCUCCAGUGGUUGUGAACACUGACACACUCGAUGGCUCCCCAUAUGUGAAUGGAACAGAAGGGGAAAUCGAAUAUGAAGAGAUCACACUGGAGAGAGGUAACUCAGGCCUGGGCUUCAGCAUAGCAGGAGGAACAGACAACCCUCACGUGGGCGACGACCCCAGCAUCUUCAUCACCAAAAUCAUACCUGGAGGAGCUGCGGCUCAGGAUGGACGGCUGAGUGUGAACGACUGCAUCCUAUUUGUGAAUGAUGUUGACGUGAGGGAGGUGACACACAGCCAAGCUGUGGAGGCCCUUAAGGAGGCAGGUGCUAUCGUCCGCCUCUAUGUUCUCCGCAGAAAACCAGCAGCAGAGAAAGUCACUGAAAUCAAACUCAUCAAAGGACCUAAAGGAUUAGGUUUCAGCAUUGCUGGAGGGGUGGGAAACCAGCACAUACCGGGAGAUAAUAGUAUCUAUGUCACCAAGAUCAUCGAAGGCGGAGCGGCUCAUAAAGAUGGGCGUCUGCAGAUCGGGGACAAGAUCUUAGCGGUGAACAAUGUGUGUCUUGAGGACGUGAUGCACGAGGAUGCGGUGGGGGCUCUGAAGAACACAGCUGAGGUAGUGUACCUCAGGGUGGCCAAGCCCAACAACCUGUUCCUGACCAACUCCUACAACCCUCCGGACCUCACCAGCACAUAUUCUCAAAUGGACACUGAACUCAGCCACCCCAACUACCUUGGGUCAGACUACCCACAAGCCCUCACUCCCACCUCACCUAGUCGGUUUUCUCCCGUUCUGCAUGGCAUGAUGGGAGAUGAUGAUAUCCCCAGGGAGCCUCGCAGAGUUUUGAUCCACCGAGGCUCCACUGGUCUGGGAUUCAACAUUGUCGGAGGGGAGGACGGAGAGGGAAUCUUUAUCUCUUUCAUCCUGGCAGGAGGGCCAGCUGACCUCAGCGGAGAGCUGCACAAGGGCGAUCAGAUCCUCAGUGUGAAUGGUGUAGACCUGCGUAUGGCCACACAUGAACAGGCAGCUGCAGCACUGAAGAACGCUGGCCAGACGGUGACCAUCAUCGCUCAGUACAGACCCGAUGAGUACAGCCGCUUUGAAGCUAAGAUCCAUGACUUGAGGGAACAGCUGAUGAACAGCAGUAUGGGCUCGGGGACCACGACGCUAAGGAGCAACCCAAAGAGAGGCUUCUACAUCAGGGCUCUUUUUGACUACGACAAGACUGCGGACUGUGGUUUCCUCAGUCAAGCACUGGGCUUCAAGUUUGGGGAUGUGUUGCAUGUGUUGGACUGCGGAGAUGAGGAGUGGUGGCAGGCCCGUAAGGUCAGCCCCCAGAAUGAGGCCGAGGAGGUCGGCUUCAUCCCGAGCAAGCACAGGUCAGACUUCAACCUGGUUGAAAGAAAAGAGUGGUCUCGUGUUAACACCAAAGAGAGGGACCAUGGUCGAGACAGCUUGGGCACUCAAGGGAGAGAUAAAACCUCACACAGUUAUGAGACAGUCACCCAAGUGGAAGUUCAUUAUGCGAGGCCCAUCAUCAUCCUGGGUCCCGUGAAAGACAGGAUAAAUGAUGACCUGUUGUCUGAGUUCCCUGAUAAGUUUGGAUCUUGUGUCCCACACACCACGAGGCCCAAGAGGGAGUAUGAGGUGGAUGGGCGGGACUAUCACUUUGUGUCGUCACGGGAACAGAUGGAGAAGGACAUCCAGAGCCAUCGGUUCAUCGAGGCGGGCCAGUACAACAGUCACCUGUAUGGCACCAGUGUCCAGAGUGUCCGUGAGGUGGCUGAGCAGCAGGGGAAACACUGCAUCCUGGAUGUAUCGGCCAACGCUGUGCGCAGACUACAAGCAGCUCAGCUUCAUCCUAUUGCCAUUUUUGUGCGGCCCAAGUCACUGGAGAAUGUCCUAGAGAUCAACACUCGCCUGACGGAGGAGCAGGCCAGGAAAGGAAUGGACCGAGCCCUCAAACUAGAACAAGACUUCCUAGAGUGUUUCUCGGCUGUCGUGGAAGGGGACAGCUUUGAAGAGGUCUAUCACAAAGUAAAGACAGUGAUCGAGGAGCAAUCAGGGCCUUACAUCUGGAUCCCCACCCGGGAGAGGCUGUGAUGCUGCACCCGCCCAAACCAACCCCCUUUCUCACAGCCACCGACCGACAACCACCCUUCACCCCUCACGGCCAAGCCAGCCUCGCCUGCCUGUCUGUCCUCCAGCAAAGUCAGUGCUUAGGCAAUCACUGAGAAUGACACAGAGAGACAAAUGCAUACUAAGACAAACACAGAGACAAACACAGGAAGUGACACAGCGAGGCAAAGAACGAUACCAAAAAAGAGACUCGGAGACAGAUGUGAACACAGCGGUGUGUAAUUAGACUGAAAGAGACUGAGAGAAAAGACUUAAUCAGUAUUCCACUUUAAUGAGGCAGGACUGAGCAUUGAGGCCCCGUUCACACUCAGCAUUAAAAUGCAUCUUGGCCACAAGUGGACAGCUCUAAAUACAGCUGUGACUGCACCCAGAACCGGGCACGCAAAUGUCCUAAACACAGUUGAUUUAGCGCUGCCAGACAUCUUAGUGAGUAAUGUGUGUUUUCUCUGUUUAGAAGCAGAUAAAAGCAAAUGUGAAGUGAAAUCCAAUUACCAGUGAUUACUUGAGAGAUUUCAGAUGCAUUCUGAUGCCAGGUGUGAACCUCAGUCCAUCUGGAGCUCAACGCAGUCUGGAUAUAUCUGGACACAAGACACUAGGUCUAAACAGGGCUUGACAAGAGAGCAGAGGGUGACCCAGCAGGGACGGAAACCCGAGGUAGUAUUAAGACCACCUCAGCCUUCCCUAACCCUCUCGAGUCUCACGACCCCGUUGAACACCUCCACGCGCCUAUGUCUGAGGUGGAGGUGCCCAAAAAGACUCUGGCCCCUCUUUUUAUAUCACCUCCUGGCUUUCUCUCCUCCUCCUCCUCCUGUCAGCUCUGCCUUGUUUCAGGACAGGAAAGGGGGGAGACUGAGAACGGGGCGCCCAGAUCCUGCUGAGUCCCUCUUGAUGAGGAGUCUUUUCUCGGCAAAGAGUCCCUCUUUUUUUCUUGUGAAUCUCCUCUUGGUUCUGAGCGUGAACUCAGAAAUAACACCUCAGUGACCAAGACUGACAUUUGCUCAAUCACCCAUGUUGAAUAUUGCGAGGCAUUAUUUAAAGGCAGUACAAGUAAUUAUAAUGAUAAAAACUCAUAUGCUGAAUUUGUGCAUGCAUCCUCAAAGACAAUGGAGACAGGAGAUGAAAACAACGGAAAAAUCAGACUAAAAAACAAAAAAGGAAAAAACGAUAAAAAGAAAGUAAGUAACUAGGGUGUGUUCUCCUUCUCCACCUCCUUAUGGUGGAGGAGUUUUUAAGCAUGUCUCAUGAUGGAAGAAGAGAAGAGAGACACGGUCAUGAGAUAUGGUCAUGAGAGGCCAAGCCUGAGCGCAGUGGACGCUCUGAUAUACAGUUUAGCCUCUGCUCUCUUAUGCACACACACUCACGCACCCACCCACACACAAACAUACCCACACACUCUCACACCCAUCCACCGGCACAAACACACACAUACACACAUACACACACACACACACACACACACACACACGUAGAGUCGUAACCUCAGCUGUAACCUAGCACACUCCUCUACAGGGCGACUGGCUGUUCUGACCUGCUGGUCAGAAUCCAGGAUGAAUGUUAUCUCUCUAGGCACAAACAGCAGAGCUGUUAGCUUCAUCGCACCACAGCCGACUCACCGAUCACUCUUCCAAAAAAAGAACCCCUCAGCCGCAGACGUACACACUGUUUCCAGUGGCCGCAGUAAAAGCCAUGGCAUGUGUGUGUGUCUGUGUGUGUUUGCGUGUAUGUGCGCGUGGGUCUCUGUGUGUGUGUGCGCAUACGUGCACAUCCAUGUGUGGAAACUCCUCUGUGUGGGAGGAAUGGGUCUUCUUUUAUUCUCUCUCUUCCACUUUUUCUCUGCUUCUUUAUCCCUCUUGUGUCCACACAAAUUAAAGCUAAGUCAUGUUUAACAAAUAAAUGGCCUAUAUAUAUAUAAAUAUAAAUAUGAAUAUAAAUAUAUAUAUAUAUAUCUUUUUUAUGACAAUUUCUAACGGGACUAAGUCUGUAAAAAUCAACAUCUCCAAACAAUAUUCCAUUGGUUCCUUUGGGUAAUAUUGCAGUUUGGUUGUUGAAUUUACUCACACUCCCAUUUUAUUGUUGUAAAACGCAGCAAAAAGCUACACAGAAAUAACUGAAGCGUUCAAUGUAAAGCAGACCUCACACUAGAGCUUUGAACUGACAUAUUUGACACGUUCUCGUGCGCGUCGAAGACAAAUUGAAACACAUGAGCAAUGCAGCUGUGUGCGUCCGUGUGACUGUGUGCGCGUGCAUACGUGUGUUUGCUGCUUGUGCGUGUAUGUGUGUGUGCGUGCGGGUGACGAGAAUGUUGUGUAUAAAAUAUAAAUGAUACUAUAUGAGAAUAUCUAUCCUUUGUAACAUCCACUGGUGGUUAUAAUGUAUAAUACAUUAAUGGGUGGCGUGAGUAUGUGUGUGUGCCCGAGCGAGAGAGUGAGACACGCACAUGAAGAUGUAGUGCAAUACUGCUAUGAUGUUAUGCAAUGAAGAUGGUUUUAUGUCUCUAUAAGAUUAAAAACAGUAUUUAUAAAGUUCGCACUGACGGCAUUAUAUGCUACAGGUAUCAGCGAGAAAACGACGGUGGACUCCAAGGUUUUAUGAGCAUGUGUUUGUAUUUACUUAUAAUUUGUUCUGAAUUAUAAGAGUGAAGGUGGAAGUAUUGAUGGAAGUGACCAUUCAUAUUUAUUGUUUAUUUUUGCUCACUUGCUUCUAAAGGUGGAAAAGCUGAAGCUUGUGAAUGACAAGUAUCAAGGUUUUUUUUUUGGUUUAUGAUUUAUUAUUUAUUUAGAACUGUCACAGGUUCCAUCUCAAGUCUGUAUAUUUUUGUAUUUUUCUUUUGUUCCACAUUGAGAGAGCUUUUGGGUCUCGGCCAGAAAUGCUGUAAAUAUAAUAGAGAUGUUGGAGUGCUGCACGGCUUCAGAUUUAGCCGUGCUCACUGCUGAAUUGAUGCGAGUACAGGAUCCAUCAGAGCCACAGCCCAGUUUAACUGCUCAGACACAGAAACAACAUCUGCACACACUGAAACAUACACAUGCACACACACACAUACACACACACACACGCAAAGAUAUCAGCACAUCCAUUUACAUUAACAUAUUGAAAGAACCACAGAAACACAUGACAGCACAUCCAUGAAAGAAAUAAUAUGUUUUCAAUUUCUUUAUUUGAGGGUUCAAUGUAUUUCUUAAUAUCUCUCUCAGCCAUCCGUAUCAUAGUGUGAUAUUCCUUAUAAAAUAUAUGAAUUUUUACAGAAAAGACUGAUUACAAAGUUACAACAAAGUCAACUGAUGCAGAAAAAUAUAUUUAACAAUGACAAUAUCAAGCAAAAUAAAAUGUUCCAGU